AUGGCCGACCCGCAGGUGCCGUUUUUGGCUAAAGCCAAGGUCUCCUGGUCUGGCGAAGAAGAGGGCGACUUGGGCUUUCUAGAGAAUGAAGUCAUCAAGGUGUUCCAUAUAGUGGACGACCUGUGGUGGCAGGGGCUGCUUCUGAGGAACGGCAACGAGGGGAUUUUUCCAAAGGAGUUUGUCAAUGUUGCCAUUGAUCUGAGAUCCAAUAGUGCUGUUCCCACACCUACCAAGCAGCAGCAGUCUAGGGCUAGAGCGUCGAGGGAAACUACGCCAGUGCCUAGCCUGAAACAUGUCUACCUGACGCCUACGAAGCAGCAGAUGUACCUGGGAAAAAGAGCUUCCCAGGUGUUUUCGCCUACUACUACGCCAACCAAGGCUUCGCCUGGCAAUUACGCUUAUAAGAUGUCGCCAGCGUCGAAACUGGCUCCACAACUAUACGAUACAUCGUUUGAGAAGAAACUGUCGAACCCGAAACUCUAUUCUCAGUAUGUCAUGGGUUCGGGGCUUUCGAGAGACGAUAAACGCCAUAGCAUGGUGGAAUUGAAGCAGAACGAUUACUCCAUGAAGCAUAACGACUAUACGCCUGAGGAUGAUGACUUGCUCGAGCUGAUUUCAUAUAAAAAGCAGCAGCUCGAGAAGGAAUUGAUGAACUUGAAGCGUUUGGAGAGGUCCCACGUUCAACAGAAACAACGUCGCAGUCAACUGGUGGAGUCUUCUUUCGUUAGUGAAGAUCUCUUAUCGCUGAGACGUAACUAUACGUCAAAGGAUGAUCUAGGCGCCAAAUUGGCUCUUAUGGAUGAACCUGAGCUUGUUGACGACGAGGACGAUGAACCUCCUCCACCUCCACCUCCAAAGCAUAAAUCUGCUUCCGUUCCUUUCGCUGCAGAGGACUUUCGUGCUUCAGGAGCUUCCCAAUUCAAUGGGUCUAUGGAACGCUCCUGGCGCCAGCUGCAAAACGAGCAGCUUAAACUGUCGCUUAAAUCUUUACAGAGCGAUGUGCUUAACCUUUCUGAAUUGAGUGCCACUUCCGCUGGCUCUUUCAUGAGACACAAGUACGAAAAAGACAUGAACGAGUCUGAGCAUCGCAUGAGUCGUAUGAGCAUCAUUGAGGACCAAAGCGAGGAUUCAAACUCUCGUAGCGAUGUCAUGGACGCUGUGUUUAGAGAUAAAAAGUCCAAGCAUCCUAAGAUCUUCAAGAUGUUGAUGAAGAAGAAGCCUGAACAGAACUUGAUGGAACAGCGUCUUCAACAAGACCAGCCUGACGACUGGCAAAGCGUCAAAGUGGACUUGAACAGAAUGAACACUUUGAUCACUCAGGACAAACAAUUACGUACUAAGAGAGCCGUUAGAGAGGAGCCCAACUUCAUUGCUAGGCCUUUGGACUUUGUUACUGACAUUAACGAGAGCGAGACGUUUGGCCCUGAUCAACAUUUGGAGCCUGUCAAGGACAUGAAGGUCAAUAUUCGUAAAGUUGCUGACUUCUCUGAACGUUACCAGCACAACUUCGACUUCAACGACUUGAUUUCUGACAUCAGCGUCAAGUUUGGUACUUGGAGACCUAACGAGAUUCGAGCCGUGCUCAUGCACUUGUGCAAGUUUAGAAUCAUAGAAGAAAGUGAACGCAUUCUGCAAACCAAGCCUAAGUUGCAAGAGAUCAUGGCCAAGGGCGAAGCUACUAUUUAUCAACUCAACUAUCUUUUCAAGAAGUUGCUCGAAGCAUUGCGGAUCCCCGCUGAAGUUGUGCUCGGUUUCUGGAAGAAGCCUAACGAGUUCUACCACAACGAACAGUACGUUAUUAACCACUGCUGGCUCUCGGUGAUGGUGGAAACGGAUAUUUAUGGCAACGGUUCUUUCCGUAUUAUCGAUCUCAUGUGCUUCAAAAACGGCCCGAUUUGCAACAAGGACGGUUUCAACGAAUUCUACUUCUUGGCAGAGCCCCUUGAUCUCGUGUCGACGCACAUUCCUACGGUUAUCGAGUUGCAGCAUGUUUGUCCUCCGGUGGAUCUCAACAUUGCAUACCAUUUGCCCAGAACUUAUUCUGGUUGGACCAAGAACGGUCUUACAUUCAAGAACUUCAACAAUGCAUUGACCCGCAUCAAAGACUUGGAGUUCUUCGAAGCUGACAUUUUAGUUCCUGUUGACGUUGAGCUUUUCACUUUAAUCAAAACGUCUAGGACUACAUCCAAUGACUACACAUUGUGCCAGGUAUAUUGGACUGGCGGCAAGAGAAUUGCCAAGGUUAAGGCGGUUCUCCCUGAUAAGGAGGAAGUGGGCGUUUUGCAGAUCUUUGCUGGGCCAAAGGGACUCCAGACCCAUUUUGACAACAUUCAUGAGUUGGCAUGCGUGGUGCCGCUCUAUCAUUCUGGAUCCCAAAAGCCAUGCAAGUUCGUUCCUCGCUUCCCAACCAACCAGGCACAAAAUAAUGACCUUUACAUCAAGCAUCCUCAGCUUAAUAAUAUCAGCGUUGGCCACGCCUACAACUUUGAAAUUGAGGCAUAUCCUUCCAUGGGACUCAACAGCGGGCUGGGUAUCAUGAACCAGGACUUUAAGCUUGUCAUUGAGUCUCCUCUGGGCAAGUACACCCGAGUCGUGAAGGAGGAGCCACACAAACCAUACGGAACGUUCCGUACCAACAUGAACUGUCAGGAAAACGGCACGUACCGUGCGUUGGUUAUUGGUGAUAGUGGAAACAGUUGGUAUGUGUUUGCUCAAUGGGAAUGCGCUGGGUUGCAUUAA